AUGGCCGCGACCACCGCAGCUCCUCCUCCUCCCAAAUCCAAACUCAACCCCAAAACCGUGCGCAAAGCCGUCAACGCCCUCCUGAAAUGGCGAAACUCCGAGAACCCCGAUCUCGUCGACUCCGAUGAAUUCACCUACCUAGUCCUCACCCUCAACAAAAUCCCACCAAAAAGUCGCGUCAACGCCUUCAAAAUCCCCCUCCCACAUCCCCUCCUCCCCGAAUCCACCCAGUUCUGCCUCAUCUACGACGACCGCCGAACCUCCAAUCUCACCAUGGACCUAAUCCAAAAGCGCAUCAAGUCCCAGAACAUACCCAUCGCCAAGACACUGAAACUCUCCAAGCUCAAGUCCGACUACAAGUCCUUUGAAGACAAGCGCAAGUUGAUGGAGUCGUAUGAUUGCUUUUUAGCGGAUAACCGGAUUGUGGAGCUGCUGCCGAGGUGUUUAGGGAAGGUGUUCUACAAGAACAAGAGGAUGAUUCCGGUGCCGGUGGACUUGGGAAAGAAGGACUGGAAGGGGCAGGUGGAUAGUGUUAUUGAGUCGGCGAUGUUGUCUUUGAGUAGCGGGACUUGCAGUGUGGUGAGAGUGGGGAGGACUUCGAUGAGUGGUGAGGAGAUUGUGGAGAAUGUGGUUGCCGCGGUUGAGGGGAUUGUGGAGAUUGUUCCGAGGAAGUGGGGCGGCGUGAGGUCGUUUCAUUUGAAGCUGUUGGAGUCGUUUGCGCUGCCGGUGUAUCAGGCUGUGCCGGAUGAGACAAUGGAGGGAGGUAAGGGGAGGGAGAGAGAGGUUGUUAAGGAUGAGAAUAAGGAUAUGAAGGAGAAGAGGAAGGGUGAGGAAGCAGAGCUUAAGAAAGCUAAGAGGGGUAAGAAUGCAGCAGAGUGAUUCGGCAUCGGGAGUGGGAUUUGAUAUUUUUGAGUAAGUGAGUGAGGCUGCCCAGUUGAGUAUGUCUGGCUUCAAAUUUUGAAUGUUCAGAUAAUCAGAUGU